UCAGCGCAAGCAAGAGGCAUCGAUCCCAAGAAAAAGCCUCUUGCUUACACUAUCAAAUACCGAUCCAAGGGAAAGAGAAAUCCAUCAAUGGCGGCGAGAGCCAUGUCCGGCAGCAGCAUCCUCCUGGCCACUGCGGUGGCAGCGGCCCUGCUGGUGGCGUCGGCGUCGGCGCAGUCCGGGUGCACGGCGGCGCUCGUCGGGCUGUACCCGUGCAUGAACUACAUCAGCGGCAACGACACGGCGCCCACAAAGUCCUGCUGCUCGCAGCUCGGCUCCGUGGUGCAGUCCCAGCCACAGUGCCUCUGCAGCGCGCUCGGCGGCGACUCGUCGUCGCUGGGCGGCAUGACCAUCAACAAGACGCGCGCGCUCGAGCUGCCCAAGGCGUGCAACGUGCAGACCCCGCCGGCGAGCAAGUGCAACGGCGGUGGCGGUGCUCCUGGCGCCGCCACGCCGGAGGUGCAGACACCUGCCGGCUCGGGGUCGAAGGCGACGCCAUCGGCGUACCUGCAGGAGAACGGCGGCUCGUCAGUCAGGGGCACGGCGGGCCUGGUGUUCGCGCUCGCGGCUGCUGCGGUCUACGCCGUGUCUGCCGUGUAGUGUGAGUGAACAUCUCGGCACUGGACUGAAGCGGUAGCUGGGUGGCUACUCAGAAAUUUGUUCCUUUGUGUGGCAUGAUUUGAUUUUCAUAUUGGUUUAGCAUUGAGUAUUUGGGAAUUGGGAGGAGAAUUUGGAGUAGCAUUAUUUGGUUUGUUGGUGCGGUCGAAAUAAUGAGCUACUGGUUGUUUUCGUCUUGUUCCCAUUGAUUGUU